AUGAAGGAAGAGAGUGUGGAUAGAACCCCUGUGGCCCUGAGACUCACAGAGACCUACAGCCUUCCCAGCAGCCAGGGUUUCCGGCUGCAGGGAGACCCCACCCCCGCCUCACCAGCAGCCAGCGGGACCCCAGAAAACUGCUGUGGACCGGAACUGGGAAACCCCGGUGCUCAGAUUUCUGAGCUGUCGGGGAGACUGGUGCCCUCCGGGACCCCCUGCCGAAGACGUCUCGCCCGGACCCCUGCGGGGCGCCGGGGUGGUGGCAACAAGCUUGGCGACGAUAGGUUCAGCUCACCUGCAUCCCGGAAAGCGAAAUGCCUAAAGGGCAUUUACAAUCGAAUCCGGAAGGCAGCCAAUCGGAAUGUUUCAUGCGGUUCUGUGGUGUUUUUCUCUUCUCUUCCUCUUGGAGAGCCCCAGGUGUGGAGUUUUGGGGUUCCUUUGGUCGCCCCUCACCCCCAAAGGAAGGACUGGUGGAUCCUGGAUGUGAUCGACCGAACCUGGGCCAGAGGGAAGAAAAACACGCCGUUGUCAUUUCUUAGGCUGUUCUGCAAGCUAAGCAAAGGCACCCAGACUGGUUUGAAGAGAAGAGCCCCCCGAGCCUUACUGGGAACUUUGGAGGAAAAGGACUCUGUCAAUGCCAAGGAAGUUGGAUAUGCCGUGACUUGGAUGACAACGCUCGACGACGGUCCGGAGCGGUCCAUCUCGCAGUGACCCUCAAGUGCAACCGCAGAGGCUCGCAUCUCCUCCUGCCUUCAGAACAUAUCCAUCUGGAUGUCUGCUCGCCACCUAAAACUCAACAUGUC